GGCUCUAACUCGAGUCGUAAAUUUCCUCCAUGGAUGCAUCGUCGUCGAGCAAUCCCCGAGACGAGGUCGUCCCGUCGCCGGCAAGGUGAGAGAUGAGCCUCUCCGCCACCUUCCGGGCCACCAAAAUUCCUCGCACCGCCCUCCCUCUCAAGGCUGCCCCCUCCACAGUAUCGGCCUCGCCCGCCUCCGCGUCCGGAGAUCCACCGUCCGAGGCCGCCGCCAAGAAGAAAAAGGAGGCUGCAGCGUGGUGCGUCUACCUCAUCGCCUCCUCCCAGGUCCCCCGCACCUACGUCGGCGUCACUACGGACUUCCCUCGCCGCUUGCGACAACAUAAUGGUGAGUUAAAAGGUGGUGCAAAAGCCUCCUCCGCUGGAAGGCCGUGGAAUCUCGCAUGCCUUGUUGAAGGCUUCGUCAACAGAAGUGAAGCAUGUGAGUUUGAAUCGAGAUGGAAGAACAUCUCGAAGAAGAUGGCACGGAAGAGAGGUGAGCCGGGAAUGAACGCAGUGUUGCAGCACCGAGAAGUUGCAUUGAGCAGAGUGAAAUCCUUUUUGGAUUGCAGCCACCUCAGUAUCAAAUGGCACUCAAGCUGAGGUUUUUUCUCCGCUGUUGUAUGUACACACUUUUAACUAUGCAAGGAAUUACUCCACCAACUGAUAAAGUUGGUAAAUGUUGUUGUUUGAAGAGGCUUUUUGACUUCCAUAGUUAUGUAGUACAAAAAGGUUCCCAUGUCUUCCAGCUCUCAAUUGGGCAUAUGUAUGAAAAGAUGUGCUAGCAGAAUCAUCAUGCUGGCCAAUUGUAUCUGUUGUAUAUUAGGACAUCCUGAUUGAUGGAACUGGUUACUGGUACAUGUAAUGUAUUUCCUCCCCAUUAGCAGCAUUGGCCAUUGUUUAGGGAAACUCUUCCUAUCAGUAUACAAAGAAGAGUGUUUCUACAGUA